GCCACCGCGACGACUCAUCGAGUCAUUGUUUGUCCUCAUCCAUCCAAAAUUCCAAAUCGCAAAAAAUCCCCUUCACCAUGAAGCUCCGAUUGCGGUCUAUGGAGGCGCGCGGCGGCGCCGCCGCCGUCGAGACCCACCGCGUGGAUCUGCCGCCCACGGCCACGCUGGGCGACGUGAAGACCCUCCUCGCCGCGAAGCUCUCCGCGUUGCCCGUCCCCGCCGAGUCCGUGCGCCUCUCCCUCAACCGCAGCGAGGAGCUUGUCUCGCCCGACCCCGCCGCCACGCUCCCCGCCCUCGGCCUCGCGUCCGGCGACCUCGUCUUCUUCGCCCUGUCUCCUCUCACAGCCCUCGCGCCGCCGGCUCAGGCCCUGCCCCGGAACCCUAGCCCGGGUUCUGGCUCCGUUCCGACCGCGAUGGCUGUCGACGGCGGCAAAGGAUCAGAGAAGCCCAGCACCGGAGGCUCCUCGCUGCAGGCGCGAGCUGUGGUCGUGAACCCUAGCGUUCCAGCCGCAUCCAGUCCUGCGGAUGUGGUGAUGGCGGAGACCGUCGAUGCCACGAAGGGCUGGUCGAGUUUUGUGCUUAGGGAUCUCAAGCGGGAGAUGGGGAACGUCGUUGGCGCAGAGGGAACCGCUGGAGGUCGUCUGGUUGCAGCCCUACAUGCAGCUUUGCUUGAGUUCGGCUUCCACAUCACUAAUCCGAUGGGGUCACGCCUCUCUCUGCCACCGGACUGGCCGCCAGUUGCUUCGAAGCCACUGGCCAUCAAGUAUACCAUACCGGAGCUUUCACCGAUGUUACAUGUGGCCGAGGAGGGGAAGGUGGCAGUGCUUAACUUCUCCUUGAUGCCAAAUUUCGUGAUAGUAUACGGUUAUGUGCCUGGGGCGCAGUCUGAGGUGCGCCGAUUGUGCUUGGAGCUGCCAAGGCUUGAGCCUUUGCUGUAUCUGGAUAGUGAUCAGCUGAGUGCAGUGCAGGAGAGGGGGAUUCUUGAUCUGUGGACAGUGCUGAAGGAUGAGAUGUGCCUGCCACUGAUGAUAUCUUUAUGCCAGCUGAAUGGUUUGCGCUUGCCCCCAUGCUUGAUGGCUCUGCCUGCUGAUCUGAAGAGUAAGGUCUUGGAUCUUUUACCUGGGGACGAUCUUGCAAGGGUUGAGUGCACUUGCAAGGAAAUGAGAAACCUUGCAGCAGAUGAUAGUCUUUGGAAGAAGUUUGUACAGUUCAGAAAUUCUGGUGAGGGUCCUAGAGGGUCCAUGAGCGCGAAGGCCAUAUUUGCAGAAGCAUGGCAGGCCAAUAAGAAGCGGCAGAAGAGGCCCCAUCCAACCUUUUGGAACUAUGGCUGGGGAAACAAUCCUUACAGCCACCCACUUAGGCUGCCAUUGAUCGGUGGGGACUCAGACAGGCUACCGUUUAUUGGGAAUCAGGGUUCUGUUGGGCGUAACUUUGGAAAUCAACGAAGGAACAUCGUGCCAAACUGCAUUCUUGAUGGCCACCGCCAUAACUUCCUUUGAAGCCAUUUCGGGUUUUACUUGUAUGCUAAAAGUAUUUUGUAAGAAGCGGUGCGUAGACGGAUAGACCGUCUUGUUCAUAUCUCCAAGUUGCACGCUUAUGCUUUUGCAAAGCACUCUCACCCUCAUCCUAUGCAUUUGCAGAGCACUCUUAUCCUUAUAUUGCCUUAGUAUCUUAGAUCCUGUCUUUUCUGUUUUUUAUGAUACCAAUGUAAUCCCUGCCCUAGUAAUAAAGUACCCUUGUUCUAUUCUCA